AUGGACGCCCAGGCGAAGCUCGUCGAGGAGCACAAGACGGCUGUGGCGCGCAUCCAAGAGGAGGUCAAGUACUUCCACGACAACAAGAAGCACUUUCGCGUCUACCAUGGCUCGACGAGCUCGACACGUCCGAUGCAGUUCAAGCGCGACUCCAUCGUCGACACGAGCGACAUGGAUCGCCUCUUCGCCGUCGACCUCGAGGCCAUGACGGUUCAGGCCGAGCCCAAGGUGCCUAUGGACAAGCUUGCCGAGCACUGCCUCGAGCAAGGCGUGCUGCCCAAGAUCGUCAUGGAGUUCAAGGGCAUCACUGUCGGCGGCGGCUACUCGGGCUUCUCGGGCGAGAGCAGCAUGUACCGCUACGGCCUCUUCAACAACACCGUCGCCGACAUCGAGAUCGUCCUAGGCGACGGCUCGCUCGACACGGCGAGCCGCACGCGCAACGCCGACCUGCUCGAGCACGCGGCCGGAAGCCUCGGCACCUUUGGCAUCGUCACCCUCGCCACCGUCGAGCUCAUCAAGGCGACGGCUUGCGUGCAGGUGGAGGUGCAGCUCGUCGACGACGUCAGCAAGGCGCACGAGAUAUUCGAGGCGGCCACCGAGGACGAGUCGAUCCACUUCAUCGACGGCGUCUACUUUCGAAAGGGCCGCAUCGCCGUCAUGCUCGCCCGCUUCGUCGACGGGCCCCCGGCCGGCCAGAAGGUGCUCAAGAAGAUGCAGGUCCACUGGUUCGCCGACACCAUCGAGGACAUACUCGACAAGAAGCCGACGACGGAGGCGCCGGCGUCCAUCUACAUGAACACGGCCGACUAUCUAUUCCGCUACGAUCACGGCGCCUUCUGGGGUGGCAAGCUCGCCUUCCGGCACUUUCACGUUCCGCAAAACGCCAUCACCCGACGCCUCGCCGACCCCUUCAUGGACAGCCGCACCUGCUACCACGCGCUGCACAAGUCGGGCCUCGCCAACGAGUACGUCGUCCAGGACUUUGGCAUCCCCGCGAGCACCGUCACCGAGUUCGUCUCCUUUGUCAACGAGACGCUGCCCGAGCUGCAGAUCUUUCUCGCCCCCUGCAAGGCGCCCAAGGACAUCGGCCUCAGCUCGCGCUUCAACCCGCGCGUCGCCGAGGUGGCCGACCAGCGAAUCUUCGCCGUCGGCGUCUACGGUCGCGGUCCGCGCGACCCCAAGGCCUUUUACGAGCUCAACCGCAAGCUGGAGCUGCGGAGCGCCGAGCUGCUGGGUGCCAAGCUGCUGUACGCCCGGACCUACUACACCGAGGACGAGUUUUGGCUCAUCUACGACAAGGCCAUCUACGAGGAGAUGCGCAGGAAGUACAAGGCCGAAGGUCUCCCCACCGUCUUCGAGAAGCUCAAGGCCGACAUGGACACGGGCGCCGGCCGGAGGAGGCCGGUUCGGGGCAUCUUGGAGACCAUGUGGGACAAGCUCGUGGGAAACAAGGAGUAUCUGCUGAAGAAGUAG